AUGAAGUAUUUGAAAAAUACAGAAAAUAAUGAUGGAACAUACGAACAUAAUUAUGGAUCUGGUGGUGGCUAAUAGGAGCUAAUGCCUAUAUUUUAAAAGUAUGUCUAGAGUGAGGUAGUUCAAACGCCCGAACUGUAUAGCAACCAAAAAUGGAUGAAAGGACCUGAAACCCCUAUGAUGAAUUCAAGGAAUAAACCUAAUUUACUUUAGAGAAAUUUAUCUACACCUUAGAUGAGUACAGAUUAUAAGACAUUACAGAAGAAUCUAUCCUAGAAUUUUAACAAGCAAGAAUUUUAUGAUACUCCUCAUAAAUUGCAGCAAGAUCAAGAUACUAAAUCUAGAAAUCCAUUUGUUGAAUCCUUGAUCAAAGUAUAAGACGCUGUGACUGGCCAUUUAGUAAACUUUAGAAUGCCUAGUAGCAGUUCGCUAAGUAAAGUAUCUUCAUAGUAGUUUCUAAAGUAAUUUAAGUCCAUAUCUGAUCAAGUUAAAUCUGAACUUGGAAAAAGCAGAGUCUUCCGCGAUUCUUAGAGGAGAAGUAUACUGUUUGAUGAAACCAGCUCAAAUUAUUCUUCUGUACCCUGUCCUGGCACAUACAAUGUUGAUGACAGGUUGAGUAGAUAGUCAAGCAAAUCUAGGAAUUAGUAGAAUGUAGGCUUCAAUAGUUCAUUGAGGCGAAGCAUCGUUUUUAAUUCCAACGUUGAUUUUUAUCCUGAGAGGAUAUCUGAACUUACAGAAAAAGAAUCUGAAAUUAAUCAAAUAAAAAACAGAACUGUUCAAAUGGAUAAAUAAACAGGCAGAGAUGAUAUUCCCAUACUAUAUAAUAAGAAAGUUGUUUAGGAACUCAAUAAGUACUAUAUCAAGUAGGAAUAACUGGCAAAGAAAGCUCUAAUGUAGAAUAUAGAAGGAGAUUAAAAGAGAGUAUAAAUUAUAGCUAGAGAUUUGGUUAUGCAGCCAAUGAUCUUUAACACUGACAAAGCAAAGGUUAAGAGAAUCAGUUUUCAAAAGAGACUUGGAAAUUUCAAGGAGUCUAUCAGACAAUUCUAGCCUGAAAAAGGCCAGAAACUUCAAAUUACUGCUUUUGAUGAGGAUUAAUGA